GGAGUAGCGAGCCCCUGAAGAAGUUGCCAAAAUGAUGCCCACACCAGUUAUACUGUUGAAAGAGGGAACUGACAGCUCCCAAGGCAUCCCUCAGCUUGUGAGUAACAUCAGUGCCUGCCAGGUGGUUGCUGAGGCUGUAAGAACCACCCUAGGUCCCCGUGGCAUGGACAAGCUUAUUGUAGAUGGCCGAGGCAAAGCAACAAUUUCUAAUGAUGGGGCCACAAUUUUGAAACUUCUCGAUGUCGUCCAUCCUGCAGCAAAGACUUUAGUGGACAUCGCCAAAUCUCAAGAUGCUGAGGUUGGUGAUGGCACCACCUCUGUGACCCUGCUGGCUGCCGAGUUUCUGAAGCAGGUGAAACCCUACGUGGAGGAAGGCUUGCACCCCCAGAUCAUCAUCCGAGCUUUUCGCACAGCUACACAGUUGGCAAUUAACAAGAUCAAGGAGAUCGCUGUAACUGUGAAGAAGCAAGAUAAAGCAAGAGCACAACCUCAGCUGAGAGGAAGCAGGUUGCCGAGGGAAGAAUCUGGAGCUCUGCCUCGGCUACGCCAGGUCUCCACUGGGUGGGGGGUGGGAGGUCUCUGUAAGCCCCUCCACUCGUCCUGGAUUCUGAGGGCUUGA